GGUGUUUCUCACGUCAACUUCGAGCCUAAAGAUUUUGCUUACCUCAACAUCACAAGAAUCAGCUCACAACUUGUCCGAAAGGACAUCGAGUGUGGAUUUGCCUGUUUGGAAAUCACUUCAUGUUUCUCUUAUAACCUGGCUGCAUUUCCCGAUGCCAAUGGAAAACUGUCAUGUGAACUGCUUCCAUCGGACAAGUAUAACAACUCAGACAAAUUAAUCUACAGCCCGAUUUUCAACCAUUUCAGUAUCCCGGUAGGUGCAAAUUUAUUUGUUUCAGUUUUUGCAACUGACAGGAAAAAAAAUGGUUGUCAGAGGAAUAGUGUGAGCUAAAUUUAUAGCAUUAUCAGUGGCCAACGAAAGUCGAGAAUACACAUUCGGAAGUACUUUCAUCAGCCCAUGUUCUCUAAUUUUGUAUCAUCAUAGUGUCCACCAAUCACAGACCGUCGAUUUAUAGAGCUGUUUAAUAAAUAAAGAGUCGUUGAUAUCGUUUCAUGCUACUGACAGUUUAUUCAAUUUAAACAGAACCCUUGCUCCAGCGAUCCUUGCAUGAACGGUUCAACUUGUGUGGCCAAGUACAUCGAUGAUGAUUACCAGUGCGCAUGUUCUCCAGGAUUUAAAGGAAAACACUGUCAAAUAAAAAUAGGUGUGUCGACGUAGCAUGCUCAAUUUAUUACCAUCCAACUAUAUCUUGCUCAGUGCUACAUUUAUUGCGAUAUCUAUGGACGUGAGUGAGUUAUCUCAUGAUUUCUUUUCUUUCUCAAGUUCUGGAGAAAGACUGCAAAGACAAUAACGAGGUGAUUCUGGGGGAGAUGGUAUGUAUCAAUUGGACCCAGAUGGAGGAAGCCUUUCAAAUGCAUUCUGGGCCUACUGUGAUAUGACGUCAUACAAUGGAGGUUGGACCAUGUGUUACACUACCGAUGAAUAUGUCAAACCCAGGACCGAGGUCACAUACAAUGCCUCUUUUCCUUAUGGAACUGUCGGCUACAGGACCAACUGCAACAACAUCUCUGUAAGCUGA